AUGACAGUCGCAAGCAAGGUAUUGGUACUCGGAGCUGGUUGUUUCUGGGGAACAGAGCAUGUCUUUGCAAAAGCAUUUCACAAGGGUUUGAUCAGCAACGUUGUUGGUUAUGCCAAUGGUAAUGAAAAAUACCACGGGGUCUCAUAUCAACAAGUUUGUAGUGGAUCCACGGGUUUCGUUGAAGUUGCUAAAUUGACUUAUGACCCAGCUCAAUUGUCUACUGAGACCAUCAUUGAUCUUUUCUUCAGAAUGCAUGACCCUACUCAACUCAAUGCACAAGGUCCAGAUAUUGGUCGGCAAUACCAGUCGGCAAUCUACUACACCGACGAAGAACAACACAAGGUUGCUGAGCAAUUGAAGGAAAAGUACCAAAAGGAAUGGUACCCAAACAAAAAGAUUCAAACGGAAAUUGCACCAUUGAAGGUGUUCUAUGAUGCUGAGUCUUAUCACCAGAAGUAUCUUGACAACAACCCAGGCGGAUACGAAUGUCCUACCCACUACAUUAGAACUGAGCCACCAAGUCAAGGUAAAUCUUGGGGCCUUUUCUAG